AUGUCCCCGGAGCCGUCCGUCUGGCCGGCUCAGGACGAUCACCACCCGCGUUCUCUCGUCGACGCCCAACCCCGUGAAUCUCGCCCCCGACGGUCGCGUCGCAAGAAGGACGACGAGGGAGAUCUCGACCGAAAGGAAACCAAAGCCACCAAAUCCAAGGAGAAGGAGAAGGAGAAAGAGAAAGACAAGGAUAAAACCAAGGACAAGGACAGCAACAAGGAGAACGAUAAGGAUAAGGACGGCCCGGAUCAGAAGGAGUCGAAACGGGGCAAUCGGCGCCAACGCGAUAAAUCCGUGUCCACGCCGAACGCUCAGUCGUCGACGAAUUCUGCGUCCCAUUCUCGCAAGAAGCCCAAGCUGGAGGGGACGUCUCCAGAGCAGAAAGCUGCCGUCCCUGCGCCCGCUCCAAUUCCAACUCCCCCGGCAGCUCCAGCUCCCCCAGCUCCAGCUCCUACCACCCCCGCGGCCAGUCCUCCGGCUCCUCCCCCGGCCUCUGCCCUUCCCAGCCAUCACCACCAAUCCCACCUGCACCAAGGACCUGCCCCCUCGUUGCAGUCGUCCGCGUCGCUACCGCCGUCGUCCCACCCCACGCCACCCCCUCCUGCUCCGGUGCCGGCGGUCUCCUAUCAUACGAUGGCUCCCGUAGGGCCGCCCCCGCGCCCUCAAUCUCAACCUCCGCCGCCGCCGCCGCCGACCAGGACUAGUGGCCAGAAUUUUGAUCCCAUUCGUUCGGCAUUUGACACGGCCAGUCCCGCUCCUGCUCCGGUUUCGACCCCGGUUCCUAGCUCUGCCUUCAGCCCUUCGGCGCGCCCGCUGUCGCCGCAACCACCAUUCCGCGCCAGUGCGUCCCCGGCCAUUGCCAGCAUAAUCGAUCCCCCGACGAAUUCGUCGCCGCCGCUCUAUGCUCCCCGGCCGUAUGUCUCUCCCCGACAUGGUCAUUCGGCCUACUCUCCCUCCCCGGCUGUCACGCCGGUAAUCGCGCCUACGCCUCCGCCGCUACACCCCCCUCAACACCAGCCAGUAUCGCCCUAUGCUCAUCGAUCACCCUACGCGCCCAAUCCGCAACCGCCGCAGCCCUCCCACCGAUCUCCGCCUCCCAACAAGUCGCCGCAGCCCCAGCCUGCGCCGGCGAUCCCGCCGUCGAUGCCGGAGCCUUCGCAGCCGGUCUCGUCAAAUAAUCAUCGGGCGCCAUCGCCUGAGCCGACUCCCAUGGACGUCGACGCGGAUCCUCCUGCUCGUUCCCCCGAGGUCAAGGCUCCCAAGAAGGAAAACAAAGCUCCUCCAACGGCGCCGUCAUCCGACCCUUCAUCGCCGAAGCCUGCUCGCGGAGCUAAAGAAGCCCCGCCCCCGCUACCCCAAGGUUCCGGACUGAUCUCCAAUGCGCUUUUCGGCAUGGGCGAUGGGGCAGCCUCUGAUGACCCCUCUUCGCGGCGCACACCUAGUAUCGUUCUGCAUAUCCCCUUGCAGGGCAAUGGCGAUCGAAUUGUCAAUUUUGCUCGUCUAGCGGAGGAGCAAUAUGGGUUUGCAGCACUACAUCCCCGUCUUGCUGCCCAUAAGGAGCGACUGGCCCGCGUGGCUGCGGCAGGUGCUGCGUUGGAACGGAAUGACAAGACAGGCCGCGGAGUCUCGGCUGGAGAGAGCGCAGACGAGGAUCUGAGCCUCGAAAUGGAUCGUGACAGCGAUCUGGAAGGGGAGGGGGCGCUGGGCACGUCGGCGGCUCGCACGAACGGACCCGAGGCUGCGGAGGGGAAGAAGAAACGCCGCAAGAAGAAGAUGGAGGAGUACGACCGAGACGAUCCCUUCGUGGACGACAGCGAGUUAGCCUGGCAGGAACAGGCCGCGGCCAGCAAAGAUGGGUUUUUCGUAUACAGUGGACCUCUGGUGCCCGAGGGGGAGAAAGUGCAGGUGGAACGCGCCGACGGUACAAUCAAACGUGGUCGUGGCCGCGGACGCGGAGGUCGUGGACGAGGACCGCCAACCACCCAGCAUCAAGUGCCCCUGGCAGCCGCCGUUCCCAUAUCGCAGGAAACCGGCCUUCCUCUGCGUGGUCCCGGGUCGCGAGGAGGCAACCCGCGGCGGCCGAGGACCAAGGCGGCUCGUCAGCAAGCGGAACAGGACAAACCGAGCGGAGGUGGUCCUACAUCGCAUGGUCGAGGCGGAGGAGUCGCUGGCCGCGGAGGCUCGACGACCAGUCGAGGAGGAAAGACGCCGGCGAUGGUCGAAUUGGCUCCGCGGCCCAACAUCGCGCCUCCUCUUCCCGGCCCCGGGCAAGAAUUGGCGACGAAAUAA